AUGGCCUCGACUACAACCAACGGCGACGCUGCCGCCGUACUAGACGAGCUUAAACCUCCCACCGGUGUUGUUCUGCCACCUCGCGAGAUUCGGAAUGUUCUUGAGAAGACGGCAGGUUACGUGGCGCGUAACGGUAUCAUAUUCGAGGACAGAAUUCGCGAAAAGGAGCGCUCCAAUCCAAAGUUCAGUUUCCUCAACAAUACCGACGCAUACCAUGCUUUCUAUCAGUGGCGUCUUGAUGAGAUCAAGGCCGGCCGCGGCACCGCCAUCGCCGCCGGGCGCGCCAAUGAAGCAGCAGCACCCGCCGAGCAGAAGCCCCAGGGCCCGCCUAAGCCUCCCGAUUUCCAAUUCUCGGCCCGUAUGCCGCGAAUCAACCAGAAAGAUCUCGAGGUCAUCCGAUUGACCGCCCUAUUCGUCGCGAAGAACGGCCGCCAGUUCAUGACCCAGCUUGCCCAACGCGAGGCCGGAAACCCCCAAUUUCAGUUCCUCAUUCCGAACCACACGUUCCACAACUUUUUCCAACACCAGGUCGACCAGUACACAACACUACUGAGGGCUAGCGGGCUGGGCGGCGAAGGUGGUAAGAUUGAACAAGAGCGCAUUAGCCAUCUACAGCGAAACAUUGACGACAAGUAUCACGUCUUGGGCCGCGCGAAGCAACGUGCCGAGUACUCAAAGUUCCAAGAGAUCGAAAAAGUGAAGAAAGAGGAGGAAGACGAGAAGAAGAAGCUCGAGUUUGCCCGCAUCGACUGGAACGACUUCGUGGUUGUCGAGACCAUCGUCUUCACGGAUGCCGAUGAGCAAGCGAACCUACCACCUCCGACGAACCUUUCCGAAUUGCAAUACGCUUCCCUUGAAGAGCGAAAUAAGGCCUCGUUAACCAACCUCCGCAUCGAGGAGGCCAUGCCCGACGAGGAUACGUCUUACAAUGCCUACCCCCAGACCUCCCAGACAUUGCCAGUCCAGGCAGGUUACGCGCCGCAGCAACCGUACCAGGCGCAAGCACCGGUAGGAUUCCAAGGAUACCAGGACGGCCCAACGCGACGGUCGGCAGAGGAGGAGGAGGAAGAGCGGAGGAUCCAGGAGAGGACAGAGGCACGUGCCCGGGAACAACAGGCACGCGCUGAAGCACGUGGAGGAACGGCUCCGAUGAAGAUCAAAGAGAACUAUGUACCCCGAGCACUCCAACGAGCGGCCAACAAACAGAGCGUCCAGAUGGCGCUGUGCCCGAAUUGCAAGCAGCAAAUCCCCAUGGAUGAGCUGCAGGACCACAUGAGAAUUGAACUUCUCGACCCUCAAUGGAAAGACCAAAAGGCAAAGGCAGAGGCGAGAUACUCCACGACCAACUUGUCGACAGCAGAUGUCGCAAACAACCUGAAGCGUCUGGCAAGUCAGAGAAGCGACGUCUUCGACGGCGUCACCGGUCAACCCCUGUCGGAAGAAGAGGCAGCCCGGCGCAAGAAGGCUACGAUUCACAGUUUUGAUGGUAAUCCCGAGGGCAAGAGUCAAGCUCACAUCAACCACCUGCACAACCUGAACGUCGAAGAGCAGAUCCGUGCUAUUCAUCAGAGAUUUGCGGACAAGAAGUAG